AUGGCUGCUUCAGCUGCAGACGUUCGUAGCGCACUCUCUAUUCCAGAUGCAACCCUUGCGGCGGGCCCCUCACAACAGAAGAAGCCGGCAGCAACGCCUGCGGCACGAAAGCCUGAAGGAAUAUCGCGAGAACUUUACUCACUCAUUGGGCCCUCUGCACCUUCAAUUGCUGCACAGCUCGCCAAACCGCGCUUGAAGCAGAAACCUAAUCUUACUGGUGGAGGAAAAGUUAAAUGGGAAGAACGGCCUUUCAAGAACGCAGCGCGGAAAGACGGACUGGAACUUAGGCAUUGGGUAAAAGCAUCGACCGAUCCUGCUGCGGAAUAUCCAUUUGCAAAGUAUAAUGUACCACCCGUGUCUUACACUUAUUCCCAGGAUGAAUUCACGCGUUUCUUGGAAGACAAGGAAUGGACCAAAGAGGAAACUGACUACCUUUUCAAUGUUGUCCAAGAGUACGACACACGGUGGUAUAUCAUUCACGAUCGCUACAGCUAUCCUGAAGGUACCCCUCGCACUCUCGAAGAUCUGAAAGACAGAUACUACAGCGUUUGCCGAAAACUUGUUCGUAACCGACCUUGGGCUGGGGAUGAGGCGAGCAGGGGGCAGUUAAUAUCAACCUUCCAAUUCGACAAAGAACGAGAGUUAACGCGAAAGAAAUAUCUUUUGAGCCUUGAAAACCGCACGCCGGAGCAAAUAGCAGAGGAAGAAGCACUUUACAUUGAAAUUAAGAGGCUGGAGCAAAACGAAAGAAAAUUCAAGAGAGACCGGGAAGACCUCUUGAGGACGAUUGCUGGCAUAGAUUCUGGCCUUCCAGAUAUCGUGGAAGACGAUGGAGGACCUUUGGGGAUCACGGUGGAUACGAAGAAGCUGAGGAAAAAAGGUUCCAUAAUGGACAUGGAUAGUCCCGCUACUCCAUCUGCUCUGUCUAUCAGCACGCCACUCAUCAAGCGUCCGCCGACUGCCAAGAACACUGCAUAUGAUGCGCAACAUUGUAUCAUACGAACGGACCUCUCUGCAAACGCGCCUGCGACCAAAGCCGCCCAUCAGGCCGCCUACAUUCGAUCUUUCAAACUCCCCGUUCCGAAAGCUGCCAUCGCUCCAAAAAUUGCGCAAGCUUUCUCUGAGCUUGGUUUGUCGCAUAGUCGCCUUGUCAUGCCUACUCGAGAGAAUUGUGCCCAAUUUGAAGCAUUGUUGGAAGCUACUACGGCUCUGGUGGAGACCAAGAGAGUGGUAGAUAAAGUGGAGUACGACAUACAGGUGUUGAAAGGGCAACUUGGCAUGAGGACCAGUCAACCUGCAGAAGGUGAAGAUGGUGGAGAAGGUGAAGAUGCAGGAGGCGGUGACAGUAAAACGAACGGCGACUCCAUGGAGGUUGACGAUGCUCCUGAAAAUGAGGACGAAAGAGCACAAAGCGUGGUCAGUACGCGGAGUGGUCGAAGUAGAAAACAUGUGAGCUCUUGCGAUGUUUGA